UACAACUUAGUGUAACAGAUUCUAAUGCAUUGAGUGAUGUGAGUAAUUGUGAUAGUUACGUCGUUGCAUUAAUGUUAGUAAAACUACUUUAUAUAUAUUAUUAAUUAAUAAAAGAUUUAAUUAAUGAUCGGUAGAAGAACGAAGAACGAAAGAACUAUUUGAAGAAGAAUCUCAGUCUAAAAUUUAUAAAAUGUCCAUUUUAGACGAGCGAGAGGAUUAUCUGAAGAAUCCAUACUUUGUGAAGCACGAAUAUGGUGAUUUUACUCCAUUUUAUGUCACUGUCACUAUCUGUUCCUUCAUAUUUGCAUUCCUAUGCAUUUUGAACAUUGGAUUUUGUUGGUGCUCCCGUCAUAGAAAUUAUUGGCAAAGUCCCCAUACAGGAAAUAGGUGGAUUCAACCAUUGUGGACUGUAUUACCUCAUAAAACGCCACCUUUGGACUUAAGUGAGCUAGAACCAGGACGUCUUGUGACACAAGAUAAACAAGAAGUUUUACAAUAUCACAAUCCAAAACCAUAUGGAACCGUACCACAAACACAAGAAUAUAUGGAGAUGCAAAAACGUGAGAGUGAAAUUUAAUU